ACACACACACACGCUUUCCCUUUAACACACACUCAGUCUCCAUCCGUUUCUCUUCAGUGUGUGUUUAUAAAGAGCUCAGAUGGCGAAGAAGACCUAUGAUCUGCUCUUUAAGCUGCUCUUGAUCGGUGAUUCUGGGGUGGGAAAGACCUGCGUGCUGUUUCGAUUUUCAGACGACGCCUUUAACACCACCUUCAUCUCCACUAUAGGAAUCGAUUUUAAGAUCAAAACAGUUGAAUUGCAAGGAAAGAAGAUAAAGCUACAGAUAUGGGAUACAGCGGGACAGGAACGGUUUCACACCAUCACUACCUCUUACUACAGAGGGGCCAUGGGAAUCAUGCUCGUAUAUGACAUCACCAACACCAAGAGCUUCGAAAACAUCAGCAAAUGGCUCAGAAAUAUCGAUGAGCAUGCUAAUGAGGAUGUGGAGAGGAUGCUGCUAGGCAACAAGUGUGACAUGGAGGACAAACGUAUCGUACCAAAAGCCAAGGGGGAACAGAUCGCGAGAGAACACGGGAUUCGCUUCUUCGAGACAAGUGCAAAAGCCAACAUCAACAUCGAGAAGGCGUUCCUCACGUUAGCAGAAGACAUUCUCAGAAAGGUGAGUUCGGGAAUGACUGACUGAUAACACCAUUGGUAU